AUGUAUAAUUUAGUUGAAUUGAGAAACAAAGAGUUUAUCAAUCUGAUUCGAAAUAUCUGGUUUAGUAAUAUACAUCAGAAAGUGCGGGACAACUUUUCUUUAUGUAUAUCGAUUUGGAUCAAUGCUUACCAUGAUGAUUUGUACUUUCAUCAUUUAAUUGAUUUCUGUAAUUCUGUUUAUGCAAGAAAUGGCGUUGCGAUUACUUCUGUACGAAACAACGCCAGUGCUCAAGCUCAAGCUUGGUACCGUCAAUCAUCGCUACCUCAACCACAAUCCCCAUCACAAUUGCCCAGCUACCAAACCACCAAUGCACCCAUUGAUCGUGUCAUGGAUGUAACUCAAACAUCAGCAUCUCGUUACCAAAACAACCCAUAUACCUUUAAUAAUACUAACGAUAAUAUUGAUGAUAGUUGUUCCAUCUUGAACGAUAUUCAAAGACCCAACAGAACAACCUCUAUUGUUAAUCCAUUCCUGUCACCUUCCGAAUUGCACGCCUCUGCAAGCUCUUCGACUUCUAAAAGAAAUACAGCCUACAAUAUGAUAUUGAGAACUUCAAGUUCCGUACCUACAACUGACAAAGGAAAGGCUAGAUUGAACACUGUUGCCGCAAUGUCUAGACACGAUAUGGAUGCGCUCAUUUACGAGGCUGAAACAGCAGCUAAGCUAUUGACAGAUUUGGCUGAGGAUUCAAUCGAUAGCAAUGAUGAUUUAUUAGAGGAUCUGCUCCAGAGUUGUCGUAGUACCCAUUCCCGCAUCAUCAAGCAAGUAUGGUCAUUAGAGGGAGAUCAGUUAUAUCAUGACGCUUUAACUGAUGCUGCAAGAGGCUUGUUCACUGCGAUUACAAAGCACAAGAAGCUUGCCAAUGAAAAGGCAUGA